CGGCAACAGAAGCACUAGUCACUACGAGCCCACGCAUUCCUUCAUCCCAACAAUGGCCAUCACUAGUCGCAUCGUCUCCUACAUUAUCCUCCGUCCCAUCCAGAUCCUCUUCUGGGCACCGUGGCGGAAACUGGCGUUCUGGUACAUCAGUGUCUACGACGGAAUCCCCAAGAAGAAGCGCGAGGCAAGGAAGCUGGCCAGGAACCCGGAGACUUCACUGGACAGCUACGACCCGCUCCUGCUGCUCUCAGCAACCGAGCUGGCACGCCGCAUCCGCGCCGGCAAGCUGACGUCCGAGCAAGUGCUCCUCACCUACAUCAACCGCAUCGAGAAGGUCAAUCCGUUCCUCAAUGCUGUGGUCGCUGACCGGUACGAGCAGGCGCUAGAGGAGGCUCGCAAAGUUGACAGAAUCAUUGCCAGCGGCAACAUUCCUGAGGAGUUCAGCAUCAAGAACAAGCCGUUCCUCGGCGUGCCUGUUACCAUCAAGGAGUGCAUUGCGGUUAAGGGCUUGCCAAACACAUUUGGUCUCGCAUGGCGCGUAAACACCAAGUGGAGUCCGGCACCAUACAAUUCGCCACGUACAGUGAACCUCACCGGUGCUGGAUUUAUCAUUCUUGGUGUCACCAACAACCCUGAGCUGCUCAUGUCUUGGGAGUCAAACACCACAGUCUACGGCCGUUGCCUCAACCCGUACGACUUGGGCCGUACUCCUGGAGGUAGCUCGUCUGGGGAGGGUGCUAUUGUCGGUGCUGCUGGCUCGGUCAUUGGUAUUGGAACUGACAUCGGCGGCAGUAUUCGUCUUCCCGCAUAUUUCUGUGGAUCGUUCGGCCACAAGACCACAUCUGAGUGGAUUCCUGCCGAGCCACCUCACUUUUUGUCGCCUAGGACCAAAGGCAAGGCUGUCUGUGCUACCAGUGGUCCGAUCUGCCGCUAUGCUGAGGAUAUUGCGCCAUUUGUUUCGGCGCUGAUCGGUCGCGAUAUCGGCGACCCCAGGUCUGUUGAUCUCACCAAGCUCCGUGUGGUUGCUAUUCCUGAUGGAUUUGGCUGGCAAAUCGCCAUUAGCAAGGUAGAUCCCGAGCUUCGUCAGGCUGUCGUGAAUGUUGCCAACUAUCUCGGCCAGCAGGUUGUUGGCAAGGAGAACGUCGCCUUUGCCAAGGCACCUGGCCAAAUCGCCUUGUCGUCCAAGAACUUUGGUCCAAUGAUCUUCACCGGCGAACCUGCGCCAUCUGAGACCCUUGGCGGCGAGGGACUGCCGCCCUUCAACUACAAGAAGGAGCUCAUUCCAUUCAUUUUCGGUCGCUCCAAGCACACCUUCAACAGCAUCAUGCUUGGUUUCUUCUAUGCACUUGGUGGGAAGCGCACUCGUGACGACGUUCUUCCAUUCUGGAACCAGCUACGUGAAGAAUUCCAUGAGCUGCUUGGUGAGAAUGGGGUCUUGAUCUUCCCGCCGCAUCCGCUGACCACCCAGCCGCAUGGCACGUCAUACUUCAACCCUUCUAAUGUCAACUACACUAGCGUGUUUAAUGGCCUUGGAUUCCCCGUUACCCAGGUUCCAAUUGGCCUCAGCAAGGACGGUUUGCCAAUUGGUGUUCAAGUCGUUGCGCGCAAACACGAGGAUCUGAAGACCAUUGCAGUGGCGCUUCAGCUCGAGAAGGGAUUCGGCGGAUGGGUCCCACCCCGUCGUUUCGGUGUGCCCAUUGCAGAGAAUGAGACCGAGGAUCUCUAUGCCCAUUGAAAAGACAUGGGCAUGUUUCCCUUUAAACACUCGCCUUGGAAAGCCAAAAUUAGCCGUGGUUUGCAAAAAGAAAAGCGCCAAUCGCAAACCUGUCA